AUUUGUUUUUUAUUCAUGAAAUAGAAGAGAAGAAAAGAAAAGAGAGGAAAGAGCGAGCGAAACAAGAGAGAGAAUAUUUUCUUCCCCUUUCCUUUCAAUGGCGCCCGCCCACUGAAACAUCAACCUCUUUCUCAAAUCCAAUUGUCCUCAUAAUCUCAUCCCAGCUCCAGGAGAAAGCGAACCCAGACAGACAGACAGACAGUGAUUGGGGUUUCCAUAUUACGUGCGUGUGUAUAUAUACAUAUAUAUGAGAGAUAGGUUAGAGAUAGAGAGAAAAGAAGAACGACAUCGUUUCCGUUGAUGAUGAACUGGCGGAGAGUGUUGAAGUCCGUACAGGCCUUAGCAGCCCACAGCCUCCUCUUCACCUUCACGCUCUUGCUCGUUCUCAAGCUCGACCAUGUCACCUCCUACUCUUGGUGGAUAAUUUUCUUUCCACUUUGGAUAUUUCAUGCUGUUGUUGCCCGAGGAAGAUUCUCAUUACCUGCUCCAUCAGUUCCACACAGUCGUCAUUGGGCACCAUGUCAUGCUGUUGUGGCCACACCAUUGCUUAUUGCAUUUGAGUUGCUCCUUUGUAUAUAUCUUGAAAGCAUUUAUGUUCACGGUUUUGCAGCUGUCAACUUGAAGGUUGUCUUUCUUCCCUUACUGGCAUUCGAAAUAAUUAUUCUAAUUGACAAUUUCAGAAUGUGUAGGGCUCUAAUGCCAGGGGAUGAUGAAAGCAUGAAUGAUGAGGCAAUAUGGGAGACACUUCCACAUUUCUGGGUAGCAAUCUCCAUGGUUUUCUUUGUUGCUGCUACAAUCUUCACCCUGCUUAAGUUAUGCGGUGAAGUAGGUGCUCUUGGUUGGUGGGAUUUAUUUAUAAAUUUUGGAAUUGCAGAGUGCUUUUCCUUUCUUGUCUGUACAAAAUGGUCUAAUCCAGUGAUUCAUAGAAAUUCUCGCACAAGAGAAGCUACUUCAUCUUCUACAACAAUCAGAUAUCUUGACUGGAAUAGUGGUUUAAUAGUUUCAGCAGAAGAGGAUCAACAUCGAGAUAGAAUGUGUGGUCUGCAAGAUAUUGGUGGGCAUCUUAUGAAAAUUCCUGUGAUUGGUUUUCAAGUUCUCCUUUGUAUGCGCCUUGAGGGAACCCCAGCAAAUGCUAGGCAUAUCCCACUUCCAGUUCUCUUCUCUCCUCUUUUUUUACUCCAAGGUGCCGGUGUACUAUUUUCUGCAUGUAGGUUGGUGGAGAAAAUUGUACUUUUGCUGCGUAGUGGGGCUGGCACCGGAAUAUAUUUUAGAAUUUCUUCCAAGGCUCACGACUGCUUUGGGUUUUUGCACCAUGGUUCCAGGCUACUGGGCUGGUGGUCAAUAGAUGAAGGAAGUCGCGAGGAACAUGCCCGAUUAUUUCAUGAGGGGGCUUCAGGAUACAACACUUUCUGUGGCUAUCCACCUGAGAUCGUGAAGAAAAUGCCUAAAAAGGAUCUCACUGAGGAGGUUUGGAGACUUCAAGCAGCUCUUGGUGAACAGACAGAAAUUACCAAAUAUAGCCAACAGGAGUAUGAAAGACUUCAAAAUGAAAAAGUGUUAUGUCGCGUUUGCUUCGAGGGAGAGAUCAGCGUGGUCCUACUACCAUGUAGGCAUCGCGUCCUUUGCAGUACCUGCUGUGACAAGUGUAAAAAAUGCCCAAUAUGCCGUGUUUGUAUUGAGGAGCGCUUACCUGUGUAUGAUGUUUAGGCUUUAAUUUACCCCACUUCAGUUUUUGUAUUACAUGGAAUUGGGGUACAUAGAGCUGGACAGCAACCUGAUUCACAACAUGUUUUAAUACAAAAUUUACUGUAACCUCCAUGAUUGUGAGUUUCACUUGUUGUAAGUUCUAACUAAGCAAAGCAAAGCGAGGAGUAGGAGAUACAGGAAGUGCGGUCGUUCUGACUAAAUUUGGGUAGCUUUUCUCUCUCCUUUUCUACCUUUAAAAUUGUAAAUAUACAAGGGGAAAUAUAACAGGUUAUAAGUUUGCUUGUGCUA